UUUUUUUUUUUUUUUUUUUGACGAAAGAAAAAAGUAUUUUCUCAAUCCCUAGGGAUACGAGAAAAAGAGUUUCAUAUUUCGUGUUUUGUGCAAUAUUUAUAUGUAGCGUUGCAAAUUUCAUGUUUGUAAUAUUACCAAGAAUGUUAUUUCCUGGUGAAUAUUUAAAAGUUAAUAAAGUUCUUUGCAAUGAGAAUAAUAAUAAUAAUAAACCUAUCAAACAGAAAUUUGAUAUUGAUGAAUUUAAUCAUACAACAAAUGUGUACGAACAUGAUAAAAAGGUUAAUGGAAAAUAUUGUAAUGAAUCAAAAUGUAAAUUUUUAUUAGCUUAUUUUCCACCAAAUAUGGAUACUUCAAUAUCGGACAUUGAAUUUUUAACUUACGUGAAAUUGGCAGAAUCACUUGAAAGAAUUAUGGUUUUAACCAAUGUUAGAUCUAAAAAGAUUUCAACUUGUCAACCUUUUCCAUUCAGUCUUUAUUAUGAUAUAAAUAAAUUACAACAAAAUUUUCCUAAUGUAAAAUUUAUUACUCAAGAUGAAUUUCAAAAAUGGUCUUAUCAAAGAUAUGAUAAACCUUCAACUUCUCAUUAUUAUAUAACUGAUGGAGGUGAAGAAAAUUCUAUUGUUAAUAUUUCUCCUUAUUCAAAUUCUUUAAAAAAAGUUUGGUGUCUUGAUAAAUUUAAAUUAAAAUUAAAUGAUACUACACCUUUUAAAUUAUUAAGAUUAUCAUGGAAUAAUUGGAUUGUAAAUGAUGAUGGAUUUGAUGGUAGAAAUGAUUUAAAAAAAUUUUUAUUAAAUAAUUUACAAGAUAAUUCUGAUGUAUUAUUAAUUAGACAUGAUAUUAGAGAAUCUAUAUUCUUAAAUGAAUUACCUCCUCAUUUACCUUAUUCAUCAAUUAUUGAAGAUGCUUCUACAAAAAUUAUAAAUUCUUUAAGACCUUAUAUAGCUAUUCUAUGGGAUUUUGAAAAUACAAAAGAUCCUGCUUUACCAAUUUGUUCUUCAAGACUUUUAUCAAGAGUACAAAAAACUAUUGAUGUUUCUGAUAUUGAAAAUAUAUAUUUUGUUUCAGAUUAUCCUUUAUAUAGAUUAAAUGAUAUCAUUUCUUUAAAUUCCACUCAUCCAGUUAUUCGUUCAACUCAUCGUUUCUCUCAUAUUCAUACUGAAACUAUUAAACUUAUAACUUCAACAAUUCCAUAUUAUACUGCAGAUUCUUUGGGUGCUAUGAAAUCUUUUGAAGAUACAUUAAAGGAUGAACUUGAAGAAAGUAGUAUUAGGGAUAUUAUAGAUAAAUUGGUAAGCAUUAAAGCAGACAAGUUUAUUGGAUUACCUAGAUGGCCUUGUAAUGAUCCCACUGAUUCCAAAAGGGCGAAAAUUUUUGCUGAAUUGAGAGGAUAUGAUAAAUCUGAUAAUAAUACUUUUUCUAAUAUUGCAAGAUUUUAAGAAGGGUGGGUACCGUUAAGAAAAAUGGUCAACGUUAAGAAAAAUGGUCUACGUUAAGAAAAAUGUUCAACGUUAAGAAAAAUGGUCAACGUUAAGAAAAAUGGUCAACGUUAAGAAAAAUAGUCUACGUUAAGAAAAA